AUGGACGAUCAAUUUGACGAACUUAGUGAACGUCAUCGUCUCAUGGCCGACGACAUUUUUCUUGCUGGGGCUAAUUGGGUUUCGCACAAAGACCUCAACACCUUUGACAGCGACAAACUCAUUGAAGCACUAGUUUCUGUGGAUGCGCAGGGAAGGCCAUUUCUUUGGGAGCCUGGACACAAAGAAGACUUCGACUUGUUCAAGUUUUUUCUCACCGACCGAAUGGAACCGCCGACAAAUAGGGACGCGGCCGUCUUUUUCUACCACAAAGACUGGCGUUCGGAACACGAGGCAGUUUUCAAUCUGUCUCAACUGAUGUUCUCGCUCUACCACGGAUCUGGCCACGCGGCAACCUUCAGAGACUUAAACCAGCAGCUCCAGCUCAAUCAACAUUUGGUCAUGGACAUAACAAGGAGAGGAUUUGUCAAGUUACCAAGCGACAAUACUAACCGACCGAACGGCAGCAGAUUUAGACGCGCACUACAUGAACUGUGCUGCGAUAUUUUUGAAGCCGGCGGCCAGGAAGUCAUCUUCUCCAUGUUCGUCAAUGAUCACAUGAAGAUUAUCAAGCAAAAGUGCCUGGAUGCUUUGACGAACAUCUUAUGUGUUCCUGUGAUCGAGGAAUACGUACUAAAUAGACACGAGUGGUUCUUGCGGUCUCUCAUUCAACUCAUUCGCGAGGGUGUAACAUCUGAAAAAAUGCAGCAGAACGUCGUCCCUUCAAUCUCCGUCCUCGAUCGUUUGGUGGUGGUGAUUUUGUCCAAGUCGAUGAAUCAAAAGUAUGAUGUGCUCAUGCGGGAACGAGCGAUAGAAGCAUGCCUUGGUCUGCUAGAAACUGGAACAGUAGAGUUGCGAGAAGCAGCUCAAAGGCAAGUAGGAGACAAUGUCAUAGUUGAUGACACUAGAAGCCAUUUCAUGAAGUUCGAAACAAUCGCCAUGCAGGCGGUUUCGCUGCUUUUCAAUGACUAUCGCUCGACGUACUGGGACCCAAAGUUACUAACGCGUAUUUGCCGUCACUGCUUCAGGGUCCUCUUUAACUGGUACAAAAAAGACACGCUCUCUCAAGACCCCUGGGCUAGAGGCGAUAACUACAAGUCGAUGAGCUUCAGCUCCUCCACGCUUCUCUUCGUUCUGACAAUCUUGGUGAAUGGAAUAAGUCGACCAGCGUUGAAGCCAUACAUUGGAAAGAUGUUCGACACGAACAACUUCCUCCUGAAGCUGGUGAUGAAGAUGACGACAAACCGCUACAACGACAGUGGCCGCUGUCACAUCAUCAUCAACCCCGACGUUCUGAACGACCCGCUCCACACCAAUGAUCGUCCGAUUCUUCAAGCACUAGGGCACUUGUACAACACGAUGUACCCUAACGAGAAGAUGCGCUACAUGAACAACGAGAAAGGAGAGCUGCCGCAAGUGCUGAUCAAUCCUCUUCAAGACUUGACUGAGCACGUGCUACGAAAAUGCAGCAAUGCGAAAUGCAAGAAGAUGGAAGAAAAGGAGAGAUUCACUCUUUUCUGUCCCAGAUGCCAAGUCAUGGUCUACUGCUCCGAAUCCUGCAAGAAGUCACACAAGUCCAAGCAUAAGCAACUGUGCAGCUGGUUGUACCAUCGCGAAAUGAGCAAAUGCAAGAAUGAAAGAACCAAAACCCGCUCCAUGUCAAAGAAAGAAAAGAAAAAUCGUCGUUUCGGAGAAGAACUCUCGAAUUCUCAGUCUUCUGAAGUAUAA